CGCUCCGCUCAGAAGGUUCUCGGACGUCGGACUGCACGGUACUCUUGAACACGCGUCGACUCCUGCUGGCCCCGCCGCCAAGCGUCCCCCGGCCCUCCGGUGCCCCCGUGCUGUGCCAGUGUGUGUGUGUUUCUCGCGCCCCGCCGCAGUCGCGCUCUCCGCUAGAAGCGACAAGUGCGACCGGCGACCCUAGUGUGCGCCCGCUGACACCUGUCAGCCCCUGCUGUCAGCAGCCCCGCUGUCAGCGCUCUGCUCAGUCUCCAGCGACUGCCACCCCGCCGCUGUUGGCGAGCCCGUCGUAUCCGGACGCGGAGGGUUGCCUGCUCAACUUUCCGUCUGAAUACGUGACUCUAAAGGGUCACCAUUUCCUUUGAGAGAAAAAGCCCCAUUAAAACCCAAGGAAGAUGUGGUCUGCUGCCCAGGAAAUUGCUUGCUUCUCUUGGCGAGAAGCGGACGGACGCCAUGGGCUCGAACCGGGUCGUACCGGCAUCUGCUUCAAUGCCCACAACCAAGCAGACUCACACUCCCUCUGGGUUAAGCAGCCCUGCGAGUCCUCAGGUCCCCACGGUGGAUGUGAGUUCGAUCAAAACCGAACCCUUGACUCACUUGGAUGCUGCAAUGAGUGCACAUUGCCGUUCGGAGAACUGGGUGGAGAGCUACCAGGAUCUCAGCUCCUGGUGCAGCGCUACCUCGGCCAGCUCGCCGGCAACCUGCCCUUCGCCAGCUAUAGAUGAAAGUCUUGUUUGUGACUUUGAUUUCCGCGGAGAGAUUGACUUCGACCUGAGGAAAAGUGAAGAGAUUGCUUCCAUACCUCUGGAAGAAGAUUGCAGUUUUAACUUGUGGGGCGCUGAGAGUCAAUCACCUGGUGAUACUACGACUCCUACCCCAUCAGUUUCAGCUGUCGCCAGUACAGAUAAGCCCAAUCCAGUACUGUUGAAAGAUUGUUGGUGGCCUGAGAUUGAGGAAGAGAAGGUAGUGAAGGGGCUUCAGCCUAGUAGGCUUCAAACUUCGACUUUGCCUGCCUCAUCUUUGAAGAAUCAUCUCCAUUCUGAGAGCGAGUUACCUGUUGCUGUCAAGGAAGAGGUAACUGACAUCAAAGAAAAUAUGAAUCCCAUUGUAGCUUCACAGAAUUUCCUGUCGGAUCCCAUAAAGAUGGCAGAACUACAAAUGAGGAUUGAAAGAAUAACCAGCGUAACUCAUCCUGGAGUCAACAGUAGAGCCAAGGCUGCUGAUCUAAUGAAGAUUUUGCAGCAGCAGAUUUCAGCUUUAAGCAAAAAGAAGAAUAGCAGCCCAGCGGCAAUCAGCGAUUUGCACAACUAUUCCAAGAUCCAGCUAGGACCAGGUGUUCCAAGCACAAGUACUGCAGGAACUCAGCUACAAACACCUCAGGCUGCUAUGACCUCAACGGCUGUAACAGCACAGAAUGACGGCAUUUUCCAUUUCGACCCAUUUGAAAAUCUAUUUCCUGCUCCUGUCACUCAACCACAAAUAGUAGCACCUUCUUGGCCAAUGGUGGCACCGCAAACUACAUCAUCCCACCAGUCCUUUUCUUCAAAUAUUGUUCCUGCUCCUGCUUUUGUUUCAAGCUCGUAUGGCUCCAACUCAGUAAAACCAGCAAUCGUAAGUGGUGCCAUCCAAGGCACAGAUUUAUUUUUUGAGGCUCAUCAUGAAAUUAUGAGGAGUGCAACAAAGUCUCAGCAAAUUCAAAACCAGCCUCCAGUCCAUUUGCUUCAAUCCCAGCCUCAGUUUUCAGUACCACAGCCACAGGUGUUUUCAUCUACAAGCCAAACACUAAGUGUGCCCACUGUCAGCCAAUCUACUGGCUUCUCAUCAGCGAAGAAAGAGAGUGGACUCUCUAUCAAGAUGCCUCCUCCCCGAGUCAACAUGCCGGAACUAGAUCUGAAUUUUGAUGCCCUACUCUUUGGAAGUCCAGGAGUCAUAGCUGGGAGCAUCAAGACACCUGCAAUCAGCACACCUGAGGUUCUCAAAUCCCUUGUGGAGACACCAGAUCCUGAGAGCUUUGAUCUGCUGUCUUACCUUUGUGAUGACAAACUCAACACACCACCUGUCAGUUUGGACAACAAUCCUUUCCACUUUCCCCUGCCAAGCACCAACCAUAGUAUUCCUGUUUCAACUGUAUCUUCAAUGUCAACUUCAUUACCAGAGCCUAAAUCCAACGUCAUGGUUGUCAAGCCAUUGCUUCCUGCCCGGGUCAAAAAAGAAAUUGUAUCGGAGCCUGCUGUAAGGAGUGAAAAUGAGUCUGCCGUAAUUGUUGAAGUGAAGCCUCAAUUAAUGCCCAGGGCCUUGUCAGAUGAGGAGGAGGAAGGAGAAGAAACUUUUUUGAGCACACAUCCUGUUGAGUCCAUUAAGGAUGAGCAAGUAUCUCCCCGCCCUUCAAGAAGUGCUCGUAAGAGGAAAUAUUCUGAGGAUGAGUUUGUGUUGUCUCCAUCAACAAGUGAUGAAUUACAGAAAUCAACAAGGAGAAGGAGGUCAUCAUCCAAAUAUGACUCAGAUGAAGAGUUUACCCUCCCUGUGAGGAAAUCUCGCAAGAGGUCAGUUACAACCAUUAUUGAAGAAGAUGAAGAGGAGAGCACAGAUGCAAAGCCUAAGAAGCCUAGAAUAACUGUCAAGCGUGCUGAGAGAACUGUUUCAUCCUCCUCUGAAACAGAUCGCUACAGAGAACUCAGAGAUAGAAACAAUGAAGCAUCAAGAAAAUCUCGCCUCACAAGAAAAGCAAGAGAGAAUGAACUUGGAAAACAGGCCGAAAUUUUAACAAAAGAAAACAUGGUUCUCAAAGUGAAAGUGGAAGAAAUGGAAAACCUUGUCAAGAAAUUGCGUGAUGCUUUAUUACAAAGUAUGAUGAAAAAAUCUUGAGUGACCUCAUUUUUAAGUUAAAUACUUUUUUCUAUGUUUUGACUUUAUGACUUUACUAUCCUUAAAAUGUGGCUAUAAGUGAACCUACAGUGUUAAAAUUAAGUGUUGAGGGACAUUUACUCUUGGUGUAUGCAGUGUGGAAGACCAUGCUUCAUAAAUCAUGUUAGAUCUUAUUACUCUUACCAAUUUUUAUUAUUAUUGUUAACAUGGUACUGUAUAGAAAGGUUUUAUAACAAGGAUGUUACUUGUGUCAUUUAGAGACAUUGUAAUGUAUAUUAUUAUUAUCUCUUUCCUAUAUGAUUGUGUAUACAAGCUCUGUAAUUUUGACUUAUAAAUUAUUCAAUUUUAUUUAACUAAAAAUAAUGGUGUUGUAAUAAUUGAUGGUAUGACUGAAAUGUGAGGGUAUGACAUUUAGAUGUCUAGCUGUACGAUUAUUUUUUGUAUCUAUUGCCUGUAUUGUUAGCAGGUAGCAUUUAGUCACUCUGUCAUUAUAUAAACAUUGCAUUGCAGAAAAGAAAAAAAAAAGAGGUCUUGGGAUAGUCUCUAGAAUUUAAAACUAAAUGUUCUUUAAAUUUAUUUGAAGCAUUUUUUAAGCACUGUUUAGUUUGAAGUAAAAACUCAUCUGUUUUAUGUCCAAAAUAUGUUUUAAAUGUCCAAAAAAGCAAUUUAUUUUAUUUUGCAAUAAAACCUGCUUAUUCCUUUUUUAGUUA